UUUCAGCCCGCUUAGUAAAACCGCGUGCGCCACCCACCUUAGUUUCGUGCCUUCCCAUCUCCGUCUCCGUCAUCGCACGUUAUUUGGAUUGACGCAUCAGGAAGGAUCGGCCGCUAUCCUAUACGAGAUCAUUCGGCCGAUUAAUUCGUCAAUCACAAUACUCGACUCGCAAUUCCAUCUCCGAUGCCCGUCCUACACAAAGGAAAUGCGUAUCUUGUGUCGAUCGGUUGAGGAUUGGAGGCCGGCGUCCUAUUUAGUGUUGGGUUUCCUCUCUUUCGGGUCGAAAAAUUGUAUAUGAUUUUGCCGGAAUUUCUGGAGUUCUGUUUAAGUUUGCUGUGAACUAGUAUUGUCGAAUGCCUUCAGAAUCAUGGCAGUUGUUCUGCAGUCGUAAAGAUCCUUGUGACCUUAGUCCUUCAUAUUCUUUAUCUAACUCGCUGAUAGCAUGGUUAUGCUGAUGAUCACGAACUCUGACAUCCUUUAGGAAUGAUUCAGACUAGUCGGAAAUGACAACUAUUCAAAAUUCAGAUUGGUGACUUAAGAGUUAUAUCUGUUGGACAUCCUAAUACCUGAUUAUGGAGUAACUAAAGAAACUUAUUUGCUUGCUUGCUUUGGAAUCUUUGGCGCCUAAAAUCAAGCAGGAUAUAGUUUGUUGAUUUUGGUACAUUGCAACAGAUGGCCUCACUGUGUAGAGGCCUGCUAGUGGUACUGCUUGUUUCUGUUUUUCUGAAUGCUUCCUGCAUUGCUGAGUCUGAGAAGGCAAUUGUAAAAAGAAUUCGAACAGCUCCUCAGAGAAACCUAGAAAAUGUAGUCAUUGAUGGAACUGGCAAAAUUGCUGGAUUUGAUAGCUCUGAAGGAAGUUUCCAAGGUUUCGAUGACAGGAGAGUUGGUAAUAGCAGAGUUUCAGUGUCAACUGUUGCAUGGCUUACACUUGCCAUGGCUGCAGCAACGGGUUUAGGUUCAGUUCCAUUCUUCUUUGUAGAAUUAGAGCCGCAAUAUGCGGGUGUUUGUAAUGGUUUGGCUGCUGGAGUGAUGCUUGCUGCAAGCUUUGAUCUAAUACAAGAAGGACAGAUCUAUGGUAGUGGAAACUGGGUGGUUUUGGGGAUUUUAGCUGGUGGAAUCUUCAUUUUGCUUUGUAAGAAGUUCCUUGAACAAUAUGGAGAGGUAAGCAUGUUGGAUAUCAAAGGUGCUGAUGCAAGUAAAGUUAUUCUUGUUGUUGGAAUAAUGACUCUUCAUUCGUUUGGCGAGGGCUCUGGUGUUGGGGUAUCUUUUGCUGGCCCAAAAGGAUUAUCUCAAGGUCUUUUGGUGACGUUAGCCAUAGCAGUCCAUAAUAUACCUGAAGGCUUGGCUGUAAGCAUGGUACUUGCAUCACGAGGGGUUUCUCCGCACAAUGCAAUGUUGUGGAGUGUCAUAACAUCCUUGCCACAGCCCAUUGUUGCUGUCCCAUCUUUCCUUUGUGCUGAUACAUUCCAUAAAGUCCUGCCUUUCUGUACGGGCUUUGCUGCUGGCUGCAUGAUCUGGAUGGUGAUUGCAGAAGUUCUUCCUGAUGCUUUCAAGGAAGCAGUUCCUUCUCAAGUUGCUUCUGCGGGUACCCUUGCUGUAGCAUUCAUGGAAACCUUAAGCACAGUGCUCCAAGGUUUUAGCCACAGCCACAGCUCUGAGGACACCUCUGGCUUUUUAGUAUCGCUACUUUUUGGUCUUGGACCAUUGCUGGGUGGCAUCAUCCUUGUUGCUUUUGCUCUGGCUUUCUACCUGCAACAUUCGCUUCUCAUAGGUGUGGCUUCUGGAAUAGCAUUUCUUCUUGCUAUAUGGAGGCCCCUACAACUACUUAUGUCAUCGAAGAUUGGGUUCCUUUCCUUGUCAUUCUUCCUCGCAGCUGGCUCUGCAUUCUACCACAUGGCCACAGCUUGCAUCCCGAGGCUUGUUCGUCGCAGGAAGGCCUCCGUCAAUGACAUUGCAUUUUCAUCUGGUUUUUCCAUCAGUGCAAUCACUCUGCAAUCAUUUUUUGCAUGUGGAGCUAUCUCACUACAUGCCUUGGCAGAGGGGCUUGCUUUGGGUGUGGCAGCCCCGAAGGCUUAUGGACUCGGCCGUCACAUGGUUCUUCCAGUAUCACUGCAUGGGCUCCCCCGAGGUGCAGCUGUUGCAAGUUGUAUCUUCGGAGCCACUGAUAGCUGGCGAGGAGCCUUAGCUGCAUCGGCCUUGACUGGACUCGCAGGUCCAACCUCGGCGAUCGGAGCUAUACUUGCGGGCAUCGACUACAACGGCCUUGACUAUUGGAUGGUCUUCGCCUGUGGAGCACUGGUUCCUAGUUUUGGCAGGAUACUACUGCGAGCAUUGAGACUGGAAGCAAGGAAGAGCACAUAUGGGUUCCUCAUGGGGCUUGGAUUUGCAUCUCUGUGUUUGAUGUCCACCAGACUGGUUUGUUUGCACACCCCUUACUGCAACUCUGCUCCCGAGGCUGUCACAUAGCUGGUUGUGAACCUCAAGAGUGGUGUUGGACUCUCUUUUCUCUAUAUAGUAUGUGGUGAUUUGUGUGCAGACAAAUUAACUGUUGUGGCCAUUGGAUUUUGAAGGAAAGAAAACAUGAAGAUAUAUUAAGAUGAUUAGUAAUGAAGAUGUGCCUUUUGGAUUUUUUUU